AUUCCUCUGAGGGAGACGAAGGGUUCAACGAUGGCCUGAAAAUGGAGGUAUUUUGAAGCUUUCGAAAACCUCCAAACUCACAAAUCGCUAAUUCGCCUCGCGAGUUUCUUCAAUCCCAGAAAAUUUCAGCGUCGAUAAAUGGCGCCCAUGAAGUUCAAUGAUCAUUGGGCUUUUCUGGAAGAAUUUGAAGCACCCAUGUGGGUUGAUCUCACCUUAGAAGGGAAGUCCAACAAUCAUAACAUUGAUGAUAAGUGGUUCUAUACACACCACCCGAUCCAUCAAUGCUCCUAUCAUGACCUGAAAUCAGCAUCUUCUCAGCUUUUAGGGGAGGGUAAGAAUUUAGAUUUUGAAUUAUCGGUGUCUUCUUCUCCGAACAUUCCCGACUCUGUCUCGAGAUCAAGAGGGAACGACUUUGACGACAAGAAGUGGAAAGGCAGCUGUCGGGAUUUCACAAUAGACAAGCAUAUGGUAACAAGUCAACCAUUAGGCAAUUCUAGUACACUUUUGUCAGAUAUGAGGAGAAGUCUUAGGAAAAGCUAUGCCACUAGACAAGCAUCAAGAUUGGAGGUUAAUAACAACAGUCGAAGACAGUCAAGUGGCCGUAACUCUUCUUCGAGUAAUUCCAGUGUAUGCUCCUCUUUAAAUCCUGGUUUUGGUGCUAAAAUCAUCAAUUCUAUGUCUGAACAAGAUCCCAAAAAAGCUCGAGGUCUCGGAAGCUUUUCGAGGAUGACUCAUGCAGCAAUGAACAAGUCAAAAGUUUCAAGUGUUUCUUCAAGCACAUUAAUGAUUCAAGUGGAGGACGUGAGUUCCAAUUCAAGGAGGUUUGGUAAAGUCUAUAAUGCUAAGUCAGCCCACAUGGAGGCUUCAAAACCAAAGAUACUUCGUUCAAAAUCUUCUCUACUACAGAAAAGAGACGAGCAAAAUGCUUGUUUAAGGCCAAAGAAAAAAGGAGUUUUGGCUGGAAGAUGCAAAAUAGCUGUUGCUGGAAAGGAGAAUGCAAUAGGAGGGAGAAUUGCUGUAAGUCAGAAAGGUGAUGGUAGAGUCCCUUCUACUGUUAGUAUGGUCAAGGAUCAGAAAAGGACACAGCAUAAGGUUCCACAAAGAAUAGGCGGGCGAAGUGUGGUUAGCUUGAAGCAGCAGGCUAAAAAUUGUCAUCCAAGUGAAGGGAAAAAUCUGGAAAAUGGAAGUCAAAGGGUCUACUUUCGUUGAGUGAUCUAAGGAGUCUGUACAUAUAUAACAUCUCCACACAUAACAGAGGACGCAACGGGGCGGGCAACCGAAUCUCUUUCCUUUACCUCUCUAGACUGCGGUUGUAAGUUCCGUUCUUAUGGCUCGAAUCGAUUUCCAUUUGACCCAAUGAGUUUGCAAAUGCUCUUGUAACUGUCUUUUUGAAAUCCCAACUUGGAGAUAUAGAUUGUAAAAUGCUGAAACUGUAACUCUGAACAUCAUUUUGCCAUGCCCAAAUAUUAAGAAUUUUUUUAGCA